UCCUUUCAAUUAUGCCUUUGAGUCUCUGUUAAAAAAAAAAAAUAGAAAUACAAAAUAAGACUUAUCUUAUUGAUUGAUUAACUAAAAAAAUACACUGAAUUUUUUUUUACAAAUAAUUAAUUAAUACACUGCUAUUGGUCUCUGUUUUUUUUACAUUCCAUUAUUUUCUAAAUUGACACAUUACAUUACAUUAAUUAUUUUUUAAAUUGAAUCACAUUACUUUACAUUAUUUUCCAUUACAUUACAUUACACUGAGUGUAAUGUUCCAUUACAUUAUUUUCCAUUACAUUGUAUUAAUUAAUUUUCCAUUAAUUAAUACACUGUGCUAAUGUGUAAUUUUCCAUUACUCAUUAUUUUCCAUUACAUUACACAAUUAAUCACACUUACAUUACACUGAAAUUAUUUUCUAUUUAUUAAAUUUGUUGUGUAGAAAAUGACAUCGGAAAGUAAUAGAAAAGAUCCGGCAUGGCAACAUGCCCGUUUGGUAGAGGAGAAUAAUUCAAACAAGUUUGAGUGUAAUUUUUGUGGUAAAGUAUCAAAUGGAGGUGUUUAUCGGGUGAAACAACACCUCACGGGAGGUUAUAGGAAUGUCACUGCUUGCCCGAAGUGUUCAACUCAUGUCAGAGAAGAGAUUAGAGGGUUCAUGUCAAAAAAGAAGACACAAAAAGAAGAAAUGAACAUGUUGCCCGAUUUUGAUGACAGGGACAUGGAACAUGAAGAUGAAGAUGAAGAUGACGAUGUUGUUGAGAUCAAUGUCAAUCAACACCGGAGGUUGACAAUUAGCAGCCAAGGUUCAUCCAAAUUCAAAACCAAUUUAAAAAUGCCAAAGAGAAAUUGAUGCGAAUGACCCUUACAAAAAAGAAAUGAGAGCUCGGGCAGUGCAAAGAUUUGCAAGGUGGAUGUAUGAUGCUGGUAUCCCUUUUAAUGCAAUAAAUUAUGAGAGCUUUGGACCAAUGAUUAAAGCCAUUAGGCAAUAUGGUCCCGGUAUGAAGCCACCAACUUACCACGAAGUGUGGGUUACCCAACUCAAAAAAGAGGUGUACUGAAGAUUUGAUGAAGAAUCAUAAAGAAGAUUGUGCAAAAUACGGAUGUUCCAUAAUGGCUGAUGGCUGGACUGAUAAGAGAGGAAGGACAUUGAUUAACUUUUUAGUUAAUUGUCUAAGAGGAACCAUGUUUGUUGAGUCGGUUGAUGCUUCUGGCUAUUCAAAAGAUGGGCAGAAGCUAUUCGAAUUACUAGACAAGUUUGUCAAGAAAGUUGGAAAACAGAAUGUGGUGCAAGUUAUCACUGAUAGUGCUGCAGCUAAUGUGUUGGCGGGUAAGAAUAUUUCCUCCUUCCUUACGUCAAAAUUAUUUACUUGUAGUUUGUUUUGUAUUUAAAAUUUAAAAACUUGAAAAUAAUAAUUUUUCGUAAUUGUUACAUUAUAGGGAGGUUUUUGAAAGCCAAGUAUGAACACUUGUAUUGGACUCCAUGUGCUGCUCAUUGCUUGGACUUGAUGUUAGAAGACAUUUUCAAAACACCUAGACUAAAAAGACAUUUGAAAGGGGUAUUGCAGUACAUGGCUACAUUUACAACCGGCCUACGUUGCUAAACAUGAUGAGGCGGUAUACAAAUCUGAAGAAUUUGAUCAAGCCUGCAAAAACUAGAUUUGCAACCGCUUUUUUGACUUUGUCUAGGAUGCAUCAACAAAAAAACAAUUUGAGAAAGAUGGUCACCUCCGAAGACUGGACCUCAAGCAAAUGGGCAAAGGAGCCACAAGUGCUUAGAUUGGUUGAUACCGAGAAGAAACCUCCCAUGGGAUACAUUUAUGAGGCAAUGGAUAGGGCAAAAGAAUGCAUUGCAAGUUCAUUUGAUCAUAAAGAAGAGAAGUAUAAUGAAAUUUUCGAAAUCAUUGACAAAAGAUGGGAUGUUCAAUUGCAUCGACCUUUACAUGCAGCUGCGCAUUUUCUUAACCCAGAAUUCUUUUACCUAAAAGCAUUAGAGGUGCAAAAAGAUCAUGAAGUGAUGAAUGGGUUUUAUGAAUGCAUGCAAAGGUUGGUCCCGGAUGUCACUGUUCAAGAUUUGAACACUAAUGAGAUGAGUAUUUAUAUGAAGGCUGAGAGUCUUUUUGGCAAGUCUGUUGCGAUUAGGCAAAGAAAUACAAGGGCACCAGGUAAUAUAUUAUUAGACUCAUAGAGUUUAUUUUUACUAAUACUUUUAGUAAAAUUCAAUACUUGGUAACAAGUAUUUCUAACUAGUGGACUAUAGCAGCUGAUUGAUGGGCAUCAUAUGGUUCUAAAACUCCAAAUUUGCAAACAUUUGCCAUAAAAAUCCUUAGCCUAACAUGUAGUUCAUCGGAUUGUGAACGAAAUUGGAGUGUAUUUGAACAUGUGAGUAUUUAACAUUCUAACUAAUUUUUUGUUCAAUUCAAAUAUUUUUUAUUCUCAUUAUAUAGAAUUUAAUAUCUUUUUAAUACUUGCAGCUUCAUAGCAAGAAAAGAAAUAGAUUGGAACAACGUCUCAAUGAUUUAGUGUUUGUCAAAUAUAAUAGAACAUUGAGAUUUAGGUAUGACAUGCGCAACACUCUUGAUCUCAUAUCUUUGCAAAAUAUUGAUGAAAGCAAUGAGUGGUUGCUUGGGAGGAUGGAUGGAGAAUCAGAUGAAAAUAAUGAGCCUGUGUUUAAUGAUGAUGAUGGCUUGACGUGGGCCACUGUUGCUAGAGCUUCUGGAGUAGAAGAAAGUAGCCAUGCAAGUAGAGCAACAAGUUCACGCUCAAAGGCACAACCGAGGAUAUCUAAAUCAUCAAUAUUAACUCCACUUCAAUUAAUAGAUGAAGAGGAAGCGGCCUCAGAUGACACAGAGGAGGAAGAUGUUGAGGGAUACAAAUCAACUGAUGGAGAAGAAAAUGAUAGUUUGCUUGCCAUUGAUGUUGAGGAUGAUGAUUGACUGACUGACCGACCAAACCUACCCUUUCUUUUGAUAUUGAUGUUUUUAAGUAUUAAGACAUAUUAGUAUUUGUUGGAUAUUUAUGUUUUGGAUGUUUAGUGUUUAUGUUUUUAUUUUUAUUUUUAUUUUAUUGA